UGAAUGAAUAUCAAAGUGAAUGCUUUCAAGAACUCAAACAGCAUUCGCGGACUCUGUGGCAACAUGAAUGGUGACUCAAACGACGAGUUUCAACACGGAGGCGAUGGCCAUUCACAUGCGGAUGCGACAAGAUUUGGACUAAGUUGGAGAAAGCAACCGCAUGAAAGCUACUUCCACAUUCUGCCGUCCAACCAUCUCCCAGACCAGAUCAUGGAGAAAACGUUCUGCGCAUGCGGAGAAACUAGAGUGGAAGAUUGUAAACAACUCUCGGAAAUCAUCUACCCACAGAACCCCCCAGGGGUGGAGGUACCUCCAGAUCAGUUUGAAGGGCAGGGUGAGACGUACAGUGAUUUCAGCAUGGACCAGCAGGACGCUGACUAUUUCACAGACGAACACAAUGAACGAUACGCUAAGAGCAGGAUCCGAGCCAGACGAAGUAUCGAGAUGGAUAGGAUGACAAGACAAAAUGCGACACGCCUCUGCAAAACACUCAUCGAAGACACUGUCGUCGGAAAGAGUUGCAGUGCUUUGCCGAAUGUGGAUGCCGCAUCGACUUUGCAGAGCUGCAUUUUUGAUCUCAUGGUAACAGGAAAUGCCGGUUUCGCUGUGUCGGCCCUGGAAUCAUUGAAGAGCGGCUGCCAAGACGAGGCUUACAACAACCUGACGCUCUACACCAAGGAUGCUGAGGGCAACCCAUCGGAACCCCCCGCAGAUAUCGUAGAAAACCUUUGCCCUAACGAGUGCAGUAACCAUGGCAACUGCUCAAACAGCACUUGUAUCUGCGAAGAAGGUUUCACAUCACUAGACUGCUCCUUGUCAAUCAAUACAGUACCAGAACUUCUUGGGAUUCACGAUGUGGGUCUGUGUGACAUUAGAAGGAGGCCAUGCAAGAAGACCAACAUCUUUGGUGAUGGAUUUAUACCUUCAGAGAAUCUCACAUGUCACGCAACCGAAUUCAAGGUGUAUGGCAACAACUGGACACCAAACUCAUCACCACACGAGCUACAAGGCGAACAGUUUGACUUAUUUGGGGUCAAAUGCAGCCUUCCGGACCCUCCAACGAAGAUAGGGGACUACGAAAAUCCCGGGACCCCCGCGGGAGGACUGUACAUUAGGAUCUCCAACAACAAGAUCGACGCCAGUCUGGAGAAGAUGAGGUUUAUAUCGUACGACUCCGUCUGUAUGAGGUGCAGCAAGACAGGCACUUGUGUCCUCAGGCAUGACUCCUGCUUGAUCAAUGGCCACUGUUUUGCGCAAAACGAUGCUAAACCGAACGAGUGGUGUCGUCAAUGCCAGCCAGAUACCAGCCAAUUUACAUGGAGUCGGCGUAAAGUUAAUUCCCCGCCUGUUUUCACCACACUUCCAGUUCAAUUCGCAUUAGUUGGAGAGAUGUUAUCGCUUCAGAUUGAAGCUCUGGAUCCAGAUAACCGUCCCGUUACGUACUCCCUUGCCAACACCGACGCGCAGGGCUACGUGUUCACGCCAGAUGGACAACUGAACAUCACCAUGACAACCUCCGACAGCAAGACGUUCAAAUUCGUAGCCACCGAUGAGUGCAACGCCAGCGAUACAACGACAGUUACUGUAAAGGCGAUGGAGUGCCCGUGCCAACACGGGGGAACAUGCCAUCCCCACCCCUACCACCCACGGGGAUCUGGCCAGUACGAGUGCGCCUGCCCUGCGGGAUUCAACGGAAGCCGAUGCGAAAGUGACAUUGAUGAUUGCCAACCUAGCCUUUGUGUCAACGGAACAUGUAUCGAUGGAAUAAACAACUACACUUGCCGAUGUCACGUGGGCUAUAAAGGCGCCCUAUGUGAUGAGAAAGAGCGAAUUUGUGGCGAAGACACGUGUUACCCAGGAGUUAAGUGCAGAGAAAUCCCGGAUGGUGUGUUGUGUCGAUCGUGUCCUGACGGUCUUAUUGGCGACGGGAAGACGUGUAUAGCCCCUGUAACAACAACUCGACCACAGAGCACACAAGACCGUGACCGCACAAAUGGUAAAAAGCCAGCCAAGCAGGCCUCAGGCACUGUUACCAUAGUAACCAUAGUCUCUGCUUGCUCCGCGGGUGGCCUCAUAAUCAUCGGUCUCAUCUCCUGGCGCGUGCGCAAAUACAUGGAAAACAGAAAACGGAUUCAUUCCACCGAAGGUAUCAAGGCUGAUGAUGCGGAUCACUGCUAUGACAACCCCAUUGAAAUGACACCGAGGGCGGCAGACUCGGAUCACACUUACGAGGAGGUGGGCCAAUCAUCUACAUACGAGUCCCUGAAGCCUGUCGCGGGCCCCCCACAUGAUGCUGCCAAACAAAAAGAUUCUGAGCAUGCGCAAAGCAACGCAUAUCAGAAAUUUGAGAAGCGCCCUGCGGCGAAUUAUCAAGAUCUGCUCCACUGGAAGUACUGA